AUGGAGCAGUCCCCGCUCACGCAACAGCCGCGUCCGGAUGCCUUCCAGCCCAAGAUCGUCCAGCUGUACGACGAGCUGCUCGACCACCCGGACCACAUCCCCGGCGAAGGCUUCUGGGCCGAGUUUUUCCUUCUGCGGCCGGACCGCGGCGCCCUCCGCGAACGGCUCGAUGCCCUGACCGCCGAUGCCCUCCUUGCCCUCGAAGCCCAGACGCGGCAGCUGUUUGCGCGCGCCGUAGCCGUACUGCUCGCCGGCCGCGGCACGACAAGCAGUAGCCACAGCAACGGUGUGGGAGCAAAUGGCCACCGGAGGAACGGCUCGGCCGGUCGCGUGCCCGGCCGCAUCAACGGUGGCAGUUCGGCUUUGAGCAGUCGGUCAAGCAGCAAGAACGGAGCCGCGACGUCGCCGCCGCCGUCGACCACGACAUCGUCCUUCUCCUCGUCUGCCACGGAAAAUACACUGGCAACGCUGGCGACGUUCCUGUCGGCCGCCCUCGCCAAAAAGUACAGCAACCCGUCGUCGGAUGUGAUUGACCUGCUUUCCGGACUCGACCGCGUGGACGCUGUGCUGUCCGACUUUGUGGCCGCACUGGACCAGCUCCUGCGGCAUGGCCCCACACCUGUGAUCCGACGCUAUGCCGUCGACGUUGCGCUGGCCGUGACCGCAGGCGCCUACCAGACGACUCUUUUGACCUACUUUAUCCAGCGUGACUUGUUUCCGUCAUUAAUAAAGGUCAUCCUGGACUCACCUACUGCAUCCGUCUCUCCAUUCAUCCUUGUCGGCCUGCUCGCCAAUUACAACAAAUUCGAGUUCCAGAAUCCCUACCAGCUACGACUCAACGACUUUGUGAACGAGAAAGCCAUCCAUACCAUUCUGUGGGGCGUGGGCGACGCCUGCCGUGGCUUGCGGGCGCAGUACAUUGACAUCCAGGAUGACCUGCCCGAGGGCUGGACGCUGUCCAGCACUCUGGGCAUGAUUGGCUUGGGCGGCAGCAGCAAGACGCCGGCCAAGCCCGUGUACGACGCCGAGACGGCCAAGAAGCUGUUCGCGGAGCUGCCGGGCGACGACGCCGCCGUACUGCUGGCGACAUACGAUUUUACGCACGCAAACAAACUGUUCUGCUUCAAUCUCGUCACUCUCGGCGCACAGCCCGUCCCUCAAGCGGCAAAAGAUGAAAGGGACGCAAAGGACGCGGCACCGCCACAAGCACCGUCGCAACACCCUCACUCGACAGAGCCACCCAUCUCCAGCUUCGUCUCCCUCACUUCGUAUCUUCUCCAGCACGCCCACCGCUCGCCCCGCGCCACGCUGUAUGCGCACCUCAGCCUCAUGGUCUUCCGGCUGCUCGUCGAGGACCCGGCUCUCUGCAAGCGGCUCUGCAGCAACGACGACAACGCCCGCGUGACCGUGCGCCUGUGCCGCCAGCGCGCGCCCCAUCUGCCGCUCGUCAAGACCGGCCGCCCGCUGGCCGCCAGCAUCCUCGACGCCAUGGUCGACGGCAUCACGCACAACCUGCGCCGGCGUUUGGACGUCGGACUGUACACGCUGCUCGUCGGCAUACUGCUGCGUCUGGUAGCGCACCUCUCGCGCACACGGACGCGGCUGGCGUACGCGCACUGGCCGCAGCUGUUUCGUGCGCUGCUGGGCCUCGUGCGCUUCCUGACGACCUACGCGGCCGACCUGCGGGGUCCCGCCUCGGCCACGACGGCGCCCGGCAGCUCUGCUGCUGGAGCGACCUCGGCGACGCCCCAGCUCGACACCCUCGUCGACCACGUCGUCAAUCUGCUGGCACUGGGCUUGUCGGCCGGCGAGGCAUUUCUGCCCACCCCGGCCUCGUACGACGACCUCUUUUACAAAGUGGUCGAGACGGGCGAGGUCCUGGAAAAGUUUCGGGACACGUACCAGCUGGGUGGCCCUCGUGGUGCAAAUGCAAAUGCAACCGCCGCCGCCGCCGCCACCGCCGCCGCUGCCGGCCGCCCUGCGACCAACAGCAUCGACACCCUCCUGAGCGUCAACGCCCACUACAAGCAGUUGCUGGCCGAGGGCGCCAAGGGCGGCAAGGGGAGUCGCAUCAAAGGUGUGUCGUCGUCGUCGUCGUCGUCAUCGUCGCCGCUCACAAGUCUCCAGGUGGCCGAGGUCAUCAGGCAAGGGUACGAGACGCUGAGCAUCCAGGCCACGGCUGGCCUCGACAGCUGGGAAAGGUACCGCGAGGCCGACGAGCGGACGCUGCUGAAGAAGGUGGCACGAACGGUCGUGACCGAUGUCAAGCACAAGGUGGAAGCACAGGGUUGA